AACUAUUGGUAUUCAACUCAAACCCAUCACAAGCUAGUUGAAUGUGUAGUUUAGAGAUGAAUGUUGAAAGCUUUCAAACCGACUAAUUCUACAUAAACACUUUGACCUAAAAUGGAAAUAGAUCCAGAAGUCCACGCGACCGGAGAAAGAAAAGUUUACGAGCCUGAAAGCCACUGGUAUACCUUGAACCACACCAGCCACAAUGACGACAAGUUCUACGAGAAUUUCACUAUUUAUCAUAAUGCCACGGGCAUCAUGGAGGUCACCACCCUAGCUACCAGCGCCCUCUUUGUGGCCGGCGUUUUCUUCAACAUCACUGCCAUUGGGGUUUUCGGGUGCAGCCCUUUCAACCGGAUGUCCUUCACGAUAUACAUGAAGAUUAUCUGCUGCUUCAACAUUGCCGUACUAUUCCUGGGGAUGAUCCAGCACCAUUCCUUCAUCCUUGACCUACAACCAGACGCCGACACAGGCGAAAGAAAGAAGUUAUGCGUUCAAAUCUUAUGGUUCAUUUUGGUGCUAGAGCACUCCAGAGCAUUUAGCAUCGCCUUGGUGAUCUAUAACAGAAUCAAGGCUCAGCGUACGCCUGACGCGCACAACAAAAGCCUGAUUGCCUUGCGGAUACCCGUGCUGACCAACGCCACAAUGAUGCUGUUGUGUACGGUCCCAGUGUCCAGCUAUGUGGAAGAGUACAUCGAUGCUACCAGCUUCUAUAACCGUUCUGAAUGUGUGUUUGCUUUCCUGAAGCCCUACAACACAGCUCACUUCACCGGACUCCUGAUGAGCAACAUGGCCCUCCUGGAGGAGACGGUCAACGUUUCCCUCAUUUGCAUACUUAUGCUUGAGAUUAUGCUGAAACAUUGGAGGCUCAGGCGCGCACUGGCCAGGGAGAAGAUGAAUGCACGUGCCAGCGCCUCUGACCAGCUGCUGAGUGUGAUGAUGGCGCUAAAGAGAUCCUAUCCUAAAGGCGGAUCAACAGCAACGAAGGAAACUGACGAGAUGCAUAACUACGCCACCGGAAGGAUGUCCGACUCGAUGGAGACGUCUUACGUCAGUCUCGUAGAUUACGACGGGAAAAAGGAAUUCCUCUUGGGCAGGGACUCGGCUGCUACCUCCAUGACAGUUGCCAUGGUGAUAUUUCAUCUUCUGACUUCCGGCCCACGGAGACUCCAGCACACACCAGUGAUCAAUGAAUACAUACCGGAAGUGAUGGUCAGGUCUUUCAAUUUGCUGGCAGUACUGGACAUCAUUCAGUAUUGCUACAUGGCCGUCAUGUUCGCAGUUCUGUGUGCUAGUAGCUCACUGUACAGAUCAGAGGCUUACAAAAUGAUAUUUGAAAUGAACAUAGAUUCCGCCCAGUCUGACGCAUCACUGGCUAACGCCGCCAGAGUGAUGAAUACGCUGUUACGACGGGGCUCACACGAAGCCCAUAGGGUCAAGUCUAAAUCUAUGUCCACCGUGUCCAAAGAAUACGGGGCGGUCAUCGAGAGCUUUGAACUGGACAAGAACGCCCUCAUGCUGCUGACCACAGAUGACCACCGACCGCUCCCCGUCAUGCAGACCAGCGUGGAAGUCUUGGAAGGCCGGACACAGUACACGCUGGACAACAUGUUCUCGGACACUGACCUCGACUACGCCAGGCAGAAAGCCUUCAGGGAGAAGAAGCUGAAGGAGAUGCUGAGCGAGAGGCACACGUUUCGUCAGCAGGAGAGGUCAGCCUCGCGAGAGAAGAAGAGGAGAGAGAUGAUUACAGAAAUACAGAAGAAAAGCUCGACCACUGUGAAGAACGAUGAGUGACGUCACUAGGUCAGGACGACUUCCUUGCCGACACACGACCAGCUGGACAAUUAAAAAGACUUUCUGUUUCGGACACUGAG